GCAGAGGAAAAGGGCGCGGUGAGCCAGAUGAAGGCGGGGUCCAGCCGCGGGCACCCGGGAGCCCGCAGAGCCGCUGCUGGAGCUGGCGCGGGCACUGGCGCGGGCGGCAGGCCGUGACGGCCCAGCCCAGGAGGCGCGAGGAAGCGGAAGCGGGGGCGGAAGCGAGCGGCCCGGAUCCCCGCAGCGCCACGCCCCCGCCGUGCGUGCGGCCGCGUGAGUGCAGCCCGGCGGAGAGGCGCGGUGAGCUGGGCGACCCGGGACGAGUUCUGCAGAAGACCUACUGAACAUAAGAUGUUGCAACAAAAUCUACCUCCUGUAUUUUCCCUAUUCAUGAGCUUCACAGGUGCAAAUUUGAGCAGGAUGUUUGGAGAAUAUGUUGAAAAACUGUAGCUCAGGAUGACCUAGCAGAGAUUGUGAGCCUGUAACAAGAUAUUCAGAGCGGCUGUGUCGGUUCUCUUCUGAAUGCUGCAGAUAACAGCAAGUGAACUCCCUCCUUUGCUUUUGAAGUAUUCAUUUGACCUUCCAUCAAGACGGACUUUUCUAAUCUGUUCUUGGAGAUAUUAAUGGAAUACAGUCAUGUCCACUCAAGAGGAAAGGCAGAUCAAUACCGAAUAUGCUGUGUCCUUGUUGGAACAGUUGAAACUGUUUUAUGAACAACAGUUAUUUACUGACAUAGUGUUAAUUGUUGAGGGCACUGAAUUCCCUUGUCAUAAGAUGGUUCUUGCAACAUGUAGCUCCUAUUUCAGGGCCAUGUUCAUGAGUGGACUAAGUGAAAGCAAGCAGACACAUGUACACCUGAGGAAUGUGGAUGCUGCCGCCUUGCAGAUGAUAAUAACUUACGCGUACACGGGAAACCUGGCAGUAAACGACAGCACUGUGGAGCAGCUCUAUGAAACAGCUUGCUUCCUGCAGGUAGAAGAUGUGUUACAGCGUUGCCGAGAAUAUUUAAUUAAAAAAAUUAAUGCAGAGAACUGUGUGCGGCUGCUGAGUUUUGCUGACCUCUUCAGUUGUGAAGAAUUAAAGCAGAGUGCUAAGAGGAUGGUGGAGCACAAGUUCACGGCUGUGUACCGCCAGGAAGCCUUCAUGCAACUGUCCCACGACCUCCUCAUAGACAUCCUCAGCAGCGACAACUUGAAUGUAGAAAAGGAGGAAACUGUGCGAGAGGCUGCCAUGCUCUGGCUAGAGUACAACACAGAGUCACGGUCCCAGUAUUUGUCUUCAGUUCUUAGCCAGAUCAGAAUUGAUGCUCUUUCAGAAGUCACACAAAGAGCUUGGUUUCAAGGUCUCCCACCCAACGAUAAGUCUGUUGUGGUUCAGGGUCUUUAUAAGUCUAUGCCCAAGUUCUUCAAACCCAGGCUUGGGAUGACUAAGGAGGAAAUGAUGAUUUUCAUUGAAGCAUCCUCAGAAAACCCUUGUAGUCUUUACUCUUCUGUCUGUUAUAGCCCCCAGGCAGAAAAAGUUUACAAGUUAUGCAGCCCACCCGCUGAUUUGCAUAAGGUUGGGACAGUUGUAACUCCGGAUAAUGAUAUUUACAUAGCAGGGGGCCAAGUGCCCUUGAAAAACUCAAAAACAAAUCACAGUAAAACAAGUAAACUGCAGACUGCCUUCCGAACUGUGAAUUGCUUUUACUGGUUUGAUGCACAACAAAAUACCUGGUUUCCAAAGACACCGAUGCUUUUUGUCCGUGUGAAGCCAUCUUUGGUUUGCUGUGAAGGCUAUAUCUAUGCAAUCGGAGGAGAUAGUGUUGGUGGAGAACUUAACCGGAGGACUGUAGAGAGAUAUGACACUGAGAAGGAUGAGUGGACAAUGGUGAGCCCUUUGCCUUGUGCUUGGCAGUGGAGUGCAGCUGUUGUAGUUCACAACUGCAUCUAUGUGAUGACAUUAAACCUCAUGUACUGUUACUUUCCAAGAUCUGACUCAUGGGUAGAAAUGGCCAUGAGGCAGACUAGCAGAUCUUUUGCUUCAGCUGCAGCUUUUGGUGAUAAAAUUUUCUAUAUUGGAGGGUUGCAUAUUGCUACCAAUUCUGGCAUAAGACUCCCCUCUGGCACUGUAGAUGGGUCUUCAGUAACUGUGGAAAUUUAUGAUGUGAAUAAAAAUGAAUGGAAGAUGGCUGCCAACAUCCCUGCUAAAAGGUAUUCUGAUCCCUGUGUUAGAGCUGUUGUGAUCUCAAAUUCUCUUUGUGUGUUUAUGCGAGAAACCCACUUAAAUGAACGAGCUAAGUAUGUCACCUACCAGUAUGAUUUGGAACUUGACCGGUGGUCUCUGAGGCAGCAUAUAUCUGAACGUGUACUGUGGGACCUAGGGAGAGAUUUUCGAUGCACUGUGGGGAAACUUUAUCCAUCCUGUCUUGAAGAAUCUCCAUGGAAGCCACCAACUUACCUUUUUUCACCAGAUGGAACAGAGGAGUUUGAACUGGAUGGGGAAAUGGUUGCACUUCCGCCUGUAUAGGGGACUUGAGGGAGUGCACGUGCUGAACUUGUGAUAUCCUUUGCUAAACCAGAGGAUAAAAAAGGACAGAGUAUGAGUACAUAAAAAUCUAUCUUUGAUACAU